UGGAGAAGUCAGAGAGGAAGAAAGGAGGAGAGUGGGAGGAAGAAGCCUGUCAGUCACAGGUUAUGUUUAAAUGCUGAGUGCUCUCCCCUGCCGCAGGUAAGUGUUAGCUGAAUGCUGCCUGGCAUCACAGAGUCGCAACUGGACAUGACAGCUUGCUAUAAAAGGGAGUAAUAUGUCAUUCAGGGCUUUCAGCCUGCAAAUAGCAAUGCCAACAGGUCACAGGUUUGUGGGUUAUUUUCUGUCACGCUACAUCAGCAGCAGAUGAGAAGAGGUCAUUUUGUAACUUCCAGGCUUGUAAUGAGCAACAUUUUUGUAAUUCGUCUGGCUGCAGGGAGGUAGAGUACAGCAGAAAGUGGCAUGAGAAACACAAAGUUCAGACAGGGAACACAUGCUCCCUUAAAAGGUUUCAUAAAGAGAGGGAUUGUUCCAAAGUGAAGACGUUCAGCUACGUGGCUCAUUCCUUUUAUUACACGUUUCUUACACAUUUGGAUGUAUGGAUGGGGUAGAAGAACUUUUAGACAAAAGUAUAUGAACUACAAAUAUUUUACCAUUCUCUCAUUUUUCCGUACAUUCAAAUUCCAUAAUUGUUUUUGCAGGAACACUGUCAAUAAUAAUGAGAGAAGUCUUUUCUGAGGGCUGGAUAUGACCUCACUGAGUCUUUCCCUCCCCUGGCCAAGAACCCAGCGAGGCUCACAGCCAGAUGAGACACAUCUUCAGUCUCAAACCAGACAUGAAUCACUGUUUCUGUUAUGAAUGCUGAAAUUCUGAGUGAAGCAAUGCCGCCGCGGAGUUGAGCAACUUGCCAAACAGCCCCCUUCUUGCGUUUAUAAAUCACUGCACAGUAAAAAUCAAUACACCUUAAAUCCAAUCUUCCUCAUUUCCUCUUUCCUAUGAGCUGUUAAUGAGCUGUAAAUCUCAGACCCUUUUCUUUUUUACACAACCUCCUUGAUAUUUUUUAUUGACCUAAACUAUCUAAGCAUGUAUAAAUUUGCUGUCGCCAAUUGUGCAGAUGAGCCUCAUUUAUACAGCCCUUAAUGCUGACUUUCCUUACGGGGAAUUUACAGCAGCUGCCUGCAGUAGGUGUGAUAGCAGCUCAGUGUUUGCUAUCAGGCUGAAAGUCAAUAAUUACCCAGCUUUUGGAGGCGAACGCCGUUUCACUGACUCUUCUUGUUUAUUUAUAGUAUCUGUGCAUGUUUAGCACAUGCAAGCACAAGGACAACGCUUCUAAACAAUAAUAUCCUUUCAGAUAAGACGCCGAAAUGAUGAAGCAUGGGAAAAAACUAUGUUAGGCCUUAUUAGGUCCUCCCACAGAAAGACGACCAACCCAUCGCUGCCGUGCUGUCUCAUAAUCGGUCCAGAGUUCACCUACCACUUAUUCGCUUACAGUCAAGCUUUUCACCUUCUCCUGCCACCUCUUGCUCCCGUCACUCUUUUCGGGAUAUCUCCGGAGAAAAAGAGGGACUGGCGGAUCGAUUUGUCCGACAGAGACUCGAUGUGGAGCUGCAGGCUGCUGUGAGGCGUCAGGAAAAUCACAGCCCUCAGUUCACAGCUUUCAUUCAAGCUCAACGGGAGGCCAGAAAGGAGCAGAAAAAGCAACUGGCAGGGGUCUGGUCUUCUACACAGGCAUCGCCGGAGCAAGCUGAUUGGACGGCACGUGGAAAAUAGAUGCAGCGAUAAAGAAGCCUGUUAUUUUGACGGUUAUGUCCAGAUGGGAGCACGUCCAGAAACAGGUGCUUACCUAUGUUUAACAAUCACCUUCUGAUCUAAAAGCCGUCUGGUAAUUCUCAGCACCCUUGCUGUUAAACGUCUGGAAAUCUGCGCGAUGGGUUCUCGGAGCACUGUUGUUGACCACGAGUAAUCCUUCCUGCAUGUAUUACCAGCUGUGUUAUGACUGGGUGACAGAAGAGACCAAACAACACGAGCGGGGAGUAUUAACAGCCUCAGAAUGACUUGGACUGAGGAGAAGACGCUCAACUCUUCGGGUUCAGAGGGCCUGCUGGGCAACAGCAGCAACGCUGGGCUGGCCAGUGUGGAGCGGAUCCUCGUUCCCAUACUGGAUUCACUGAUUUUGGUGCUGGGAGUUACCGGACACACUUUGGUCAUGGUGAUCUUGUGUGGACGACAGCGGAGGGGGUUGGGGAGUGCCGGACAGGCUCCCCAUGGCUCCAUGAUGGGCACAGGGACAGACGUCCUCCUGCUGGCUCUGAGCGCCGCAGAUUUGCUCCUGCUCUCCACCAUCCCCUUCCACACGGUCUCCAUAGCCAUGCAGGAGUGGCCGUUUGGGGACGUCAUGUGCCGUCUGGUGGGCUUCCUGGGGUCGGCCUGCUCGUCCGCCAGCGUCUUCACCCUGGCGGCGUUGGCUGUCUCUCGCUAUCUGACCGUGGUGAAGCCCACCAGAGCGUACAGCCUACUCACUCCUCGCAGGGUCUCCAUUCUCGCCGUCCUCAUCUGGGUUCCAGCAUGCUGCCUGGGAGCCCCUCAGUUGGUUUUCCGCUCUGUGCGACCCCCUCGGCAAACCCCGGACGGCCUCUCCUGCUUUGCGUUCCUGUCUCAGCAGCAGCAGAUGAUCUACGGACUGCUUCACUUCCUCGCCGCCUUCAUGCUUCCACUGGUCACCAUCGCGGUGGCAUACGGCAGCAUCUAUGUGUUCCUGUGGCGGGGCCAACAGGCCGGCAGGGCCCCCCAAGUGGAGCGCUAUCAAGGCAAAGUGACUAAGACAACAGCCAUGCUGGUGCUGGCUUUUACUCUGUGCUGGCUGCCCUCGUAUGGACUGACGCUGGCCUUACUGGCGAACACGAACUCAGGGGCCACCGGGGCCACGCCGCGUUAUGGCGCCUUUAGUGUGUUUGCACGCCUGAUGGCAACCUCCUCCACAGUGAUGAACCCUAUCCUCUAUGUGCUGAUGUCCCAAAAGUUCAGACAGGACCUGCUGAGGAUUUUCAAGAAGAAACGCCACGAAGUAAAGAACAACGUGGGGAUGUCUGCCGUCUGACGCCGUUAUUUAAUAUACCUACUAAGUGAAUAACAAACUUCGCGCUUUAUUGCCUCUGAAAGCGUUCAUCAACUAAAAACCACUAUUCACUCUUGUUCUGUAGUGAGAGAUCAUUGUGUCACAGUAUUUAAUCCAUGUGUUUUUUUUUUUUUUUUAUAUAAGAAGGAUUGUGGUGGGGUUGGAGUUGGCCAAGUGGUUAGAGCAGGACGCAAGUUUCUCGGGUCAAAUGUCACAGACUCCCAAUGACAAAUAAGGAUAAUUAUUAUAUUAAAAUAUUAAUGAAAAAGCCAUAAGAAGCUGUGUUUGUUAUAAAUCUAUGUAGAGGACACAGCAAGAUUCAUCGUUCUGAAGUCGUACAAGUGCAACAUGUGGUUUUUGAACAUCCUUCAGAUGGUAACUCAGAUCAAAUGAGUAAUCUGCAAGAUAAAUAUUAAUGUAAUAACUGUGAAGCAAUGGGUGAGAGUAUAGCUGGGACCAACUUGUGAACCAAUUCCCUCUAAAGUCCAAACCAGGAUAUGCAAACGUUUUAAAGUCAGAUCUCACUGUAUUCCUGUUUCAAGUUCAAAACCAGUGAGAUUUGUCAAUUGUUGCAUGGUAUUCACUGACCAGGCUAUCUGCUAUAAGCAAUACAAUGUAAUAACACAUUUCUCUGGAUGUCAUACUGUCAAGCAGCUUAGAAACAAGUUUAUUAAAGGAUAUUGUCUAGUGCAGAAUGGGUGACUGACUCCAUAAGAUAUGUGCAAAUAAACAGUGUUUUUCUUCUUAUUUCAAUACUUUGAUUGUGGCUAAAAUAUACAUGCAAAUGGCCUUAUUGGAGUUUGAGGUUGGGGUAUGUAAGAAAUCUCUGACCCUCCAGAUUGCACUCAGACUGGUUCAUCUUUCCUCCUCUAAACUUGUAAAGUUUAAUUUCAGAACAAAAGACUGUGUCUGCUGACCAAUCAUACAAAGUGACAAAUUAAAAACCUUUCUUUUCUCUAGCCCUAGAGUUUCCAAAAGGUCUGUUAAAAUGGAGGUUCUUGUAAAACCUUGCUUUUACUUGGGUGGUACUGGCUAUAAAAAAUGUGAGUCAGCACUUUACAUCACAGCAUAUUCAUGUGUGAAUGACCUGGUUAAAGUCCAGACCUAAAUGUAAAAAGCCUGUGUUAACACUUGAAAACUCAUGUUUAUAGACACCAUCUGUCCAAUCUGACAAAGUAAUCUUGCAAAGAAGUACAUAUUAUAAUUUAUUGUUAAUCUUCAUUAUACACUGUAUUGCGUAGGAGAAUCACAAGAUUUGCUCUGGGUGUGGCUGGUUUACGGGCACAGUAGGAGGACUGAUUCUGAAGCACAUUCCUUGAAAAGCAGAUUAAAGCGAAGGUUUUGUAGAACAUUAACACUGCACCUGUGUUUUGUUGUGCUGAGAUAAGGUAAAUGAAGGUCUAUGUGUCCCUGGAUCUGUUUAUGUUCCUGUCCAUUUUGUUCAGAUCAGAAAAUAAUGGCCCUUUUUAGUUUGGGGUUUGGCAACAACUUGAGAAGAAAGACUUCCUGGUUCUGUUCAAAUGAGAGGGAGUUCUUGUGAAAAAAUCAUGAAGCUUUCUUUCCCGGGUAGAUUUCUCAUCGGGGGGCUGAUGAAACACAGGCCUCUUUUUAAACCAAGAGAAAAAAUGUUUGGCAACUGACAGGGUUUGUAUCUUGGAAGAGAGUGUGGGAAUAUAGAAAAGUUAAAAGGAAACAGAAGUAUCCUUAAUCCUUAGACCUCUUUGUUUGUCCUGUAACAACCAUAAAAUACUGCAUAUUUUACUGAGAAUUUUGACUGAGAAAAUGACUGAUGGCUUUAGAAAAAAUGAUUUCCAGAUGCAAAUCUGAAAAGUGUGGCAUGUACAGAUUCUCUUUCCUCCCAUACCUCUAAAUAAAAUCUUGUCCAACCAAUAGCUUUCUGAAGUCACCUAAAACGCAAACGGAGUCCGCCUGUGCAGAGUUUGUAGCGGUUUAUCUAAACUGACAGGAGAGUGUUAAGCAGAUAUGCUGACAAGAGGCCCACGGUUCCUUGGGGGGAGCAGCAGAGAUCCGGAGCUCCUGUGUGAAAAUCUAAACACAGAAACACAGGAUAACCCUGAGAGGGAAUACUUUUUAGAGGCUACAAAAGACUAGCCUGACAUGGUCAUACUCAAUUCUAGUCAGAAUUUAAGUCUGAU